CAACGUUCUUUUUGUUUUCGUCUUCGUUUUUGGACGACGAAGAAUCCAACUAACUCUAUAUGAUGGCCGAUCACUUAGACGAACCGCCCCAGAAGCGGGUCAAAAUGGAUUCAACGGACAUCUCCUACUUUCUGGAGGAGAAUCUGCCCGAUGAGCUAGUGUCAUCGAACAGCGGCUGGACGGAUCAGUUGACCGGCGGAGCAGGAGGCGGCAAUGGAGGCGGCGGCGCCUCCGGCGUGACCACAAAUUCCACAUCCGGACCAAAUCCUGGCGGCGGACCCAACAAACCGGCAGCCCAAGGACCGGGAUCUGGCGUAGUUGGCGUUGGAGUGAACGUUGUCGGCGUCGGCGUUGUGCCUUCCCAGAUGAACGGAGCCGGCGGCGGCAACGGAUCCGGAACGGGCGGCGACGACGGCAGCGGCAAUGGUUCAGGAACGGGCAACGCCAACAGAAUCAGCCAAAUGCCGCACCACCAGCUGCAGCACCUACUCCAGCAGCAGCAGCAGCAACAGGGUCAGAAGGGCGCCAUGGUGGUGCCCGGGAUGCAGCAGCUGGGCAGCAAGUCCCCCAACCUGCAAUCGCCCAACCAGGGUGGCAUGCAGCAGGUGGUGGGCACUCAGAUGGGCAUGGGCAACACGAUGCCAAUGUCUAUAUCGAAUAAUGGCAACAAUGGCAUGAACGCCAUACCAGGCAUGAACACCAUUGCCCAGGGCAAUCUGGGAAACAUGGUCCUGACCAACAGCGUUGGCGGCGGCAUGGGUGGCAUGGGCGGCAUGGUCAACCAGCUGAAACAGCAGCCAGGCGGCGGCGGCGGUGGCAUGAUCAAUGCCGUUUCCGUGCCAGGCGGACCAGGUGGCCCAGGAGCAGGACCCGGAGGUGUUGGAGCUGGCGGCGGUGGAGCCGUGACACCGAACCAAGGCAUGCACAUGCAGAACGGUCCGAUGAUGGGGCGUAUGGUGGGGCAACAGCAUAUGCUUCGUGGUCCGCAUCUAAUGGGUGCCGCGGGAGGAGCUGGUGGACCGGGUAACGGACCAGGCGGCGGAGGACCGCGCAUGCAGAAUCCCAACAUGCAAAUGGGCCAACUCAACAGUCUGCCUUACGGAGUGGGUCAGUAUGGUGGCCCUGGCGGCGGCAACAAUCCCCAGCAACAACAGCAGCAGCAACAGCAGCAACUCCUCGCCCAGCAGAUGGCCCAAAGAGGCGGUGUCGUACCGGGAAUGCCGCAGGGCAAUCGACCCGUCGGCACCGUGGUCCCCAUGUCCACUCUCGGAAGCGAUGGAUCUGUGCCCACCGGGCAGUUGGUCAGCGGGAAUCCCCAGCAGCAACAGAUGCUUGCGCAGCAGCAGCCCGGAGCGAUGGGUCCGCGCCCACCGCAACCUAACCAGCUACUCGGUCACCCCGGACAGCAGCAGCAACAGCAGCCCGGCACCUCUCAGCAGCAACAGCAGCUGCAGGGAGUCGGACUCGUUGGAGCAGGCGUUGUGGCCAAUGCCGGUGCCGUCGCUGGUGUCCCAGCAGUGGCUGGCGGUGGCGCCGGACAAGUGGUCGGCCCUGGUGGCGCCAAUCGCGAUGUGCCCGACGACCGGAAACGACAGAUCCAGCAGCAACUGAUGCUGCUGCUCCAUGCGCACAAAUGCAACCGCAGGGAGAACUUAAAUCCGAACAGAGAGGUGUGUAACGUCAACUACUGCAAGGCGAUGAAAACAGUGCUCGCCCACAUGGGCACUUGUAAGCAGAGCAAGGACUGCACCAUGCAGCACUGUGCCUCUUCGCGCCAGAUCCUGUUGCAUUACAAGACGUGCAUCAACAGGGGCUGCAUCAUUUGCUUUCCAUUUCGGCAGAAUCAUACGGUUUGUCAAAACGCGAAUGUGCCACCUGGUGGCGGUCCGGCAGGAAAUGCAGAAGCAGCGGCCAUUGGUGGCGGAGCGGCUGGUGGAGCGGCCGGAGCAGGCGGUAAUCUGCAGCAGCAGCAACAGCAGAACCAGCAGCCCAAUCUGACGGGUCUGGUGGGGGAUGGCAAGCAAGGACAGCAGGUGGCACCGGGAGGUGUUCAGAACACUGCCAUAGUUCUACCCCAACAGCAGGGAGCGGGCGGAACACCGGGUGCGCCCAAAACGCCGGCGGACAUGGUCCAACAGUUGACUCAACAGCAGCAGCAGCAACAGCAGGUGCACCAGCAGCAGGUCCAGCAGCAGGAACUCCGUCGCUUCGAUGGCAUGGGCCAGGUCGGACUAUCGCCAGUUCCGGCCGGCGGAAUGCAGCAGCAGGGCUUGCCUCCUGUGAUUCGCAUGCAGGGCGCCCAGCCGGCUGUCAGGGUUCUAGGACCUGGCGGUCCCGGCGGCCCAAGUGGACCCAAUGUCCUGCCGAACGACGUGAACAGCCUGCAGCAACAGCAGCAGCAGCAGAUGCUCCAACAGCAGAACCGACGACGCGGUGGCCUGGCCAACAUGGUGGAGCAACAGCAGCAGCAGCAACAACAACAACAGCAGCAGCAGCAGCAACCCAAUCCCGCCCAGCUGGUUGGCAACAUUCCAGCACCACUCUCUGUCAACGUCGGUGGCUUUGGCAAUACCAAUUUCGGUGGUGCCGCAGCCGGCGUAGCCGGAGGAGCCAAUGACAAGCAGCAGCUGAAGGUUGCCCAGGUCCAUCCGCAGAGCCAUGUGGUUGGAGCGGGCGCAGCAGCUGCCGGCGCCGGAGCGAGUGGUGGACAAGUGGGCGCCGGUUCCAGUGUCCUGAUGCCGGCCGAUACCACGGGCGGUGGCAACGCUGGCAAUCCCAAUCAGAACGCGGGAGCGGGAGCUGGAGGCGCCGGCGGCAAUGGCAAUGGCGGAAACUCUGGAACGCCCGGCGACAACGAAAAGGACUGGCGGGAGUCGGUUACCGGCGAUCUGCGCAACCAUCUCGUCCACAAACUGGUGCAGGCCAUCUUUCCCACCUCGGAUCCCACCACCAUGCAGGACAAGCGAAUGCACAAUCUCGUCUCGUACGCGGAGAAGGUCGAGAAGGACAUGUACGAGAUGGCGAAGUCUAGAUCGGAGUACUAUCACCUGCUGGCCGAGAAGAUCUACAAGAUCCAGAAGGAGCUGGAGGAGAAGCGACUGAAGCGCAAGGAGCAACACCAGCAGAUGUUGUUGCAGCACCAGAGUGCCGCGAAUCAGGUGCCGGUAGCGGCUGGCGGAGCUGGCAGUGCAGCUGGCGGAGCGGGCGGAGUAGUUCUCCCCCAACAGCAGCAGGGUCAGCAGGCUCCCCAGGGCUGCAUCCAUUCCAGCAUCAGUCCCAUGGGCAAUGUGAUGGCUCCGCAGCAGUUGCGCCCACAAGGCCCAUCCGGAAUACUGGGUCAGCCGACGGCUGCAGCUCUGGGCGUCACCAACAACAUGGUGGCCAUGCGCAGUCACUCGCCCGGGGGCAACAUGCUCACACUGCAGCAGCAGCAGCGCAUGCAGUUCCCGCAACAACAGCAGCAGCAACCGCCCGGCUCUGGAGCUGGCAAAAUGCUGGUCGGACCACCCGGACCCAGUCCCGGUGGCAUGGUAGUCAAUCCGGCGCUCUCGCCCUACCAGACGACCAACGUGCUCACCAGUCCGGUGCCGGGACAGCAGCAACAGCAGCAGUUCAUCAAUGCGAACGGCGGCACUGGCGCCAAUCCUCAGUUGAGCGAGAUGAUGAAGCAGCGGCACAUGCACCAGCAGCAGCAACAGCAGGCGCAACAACAACAACAGCAGCAGCAACAGGGAAUGUUGUUGCCGCAGUCUCCAUUCAGCAAUGCCACGCCUCUGCAGCAGCAGCAACAACAGCAGCAGCCGACCAGCAACAGCUUUAGCUCGCCGAUGCAGCAACAACAGCAGCAGCAAGGGCAACAGCAGCAGCAACAAAAGCCCGGCAGUGUGCUGAACAACAUGCCGCCCACGCCCACAAGCCUCGAGGCUCUGAGUGCCGGAGCAGGGGCGCCGGGAACAGGAGGAUCGGCCUCCAAUGUGACGGUUUCAGCUCCCAGUCCAUCGCCUGGCUUCCUGUCCAACGGCCCGUCGAUUGGCACGCCCUCCAACAACAAUAACAGCAGUAGUGCUAACAACAACCCGCCCUCGGUGAGCAGCCUGAUGCAACAACCGCUAAGCAAUCGGCCGGGUUCGCCUCCCUACAUACCCGCCUCUCCAGUGCCGGCAACCAGUGCCUCUGGAUUGGCGGCGAGCAGUACGCCCGCAUCAGCAGCAGCCACAUGUGCGAGUAGUGGCAGUGGCAGCAACAACAGCAGCAGUGGAGCCACUGCGGCGGGUGUCAGUUCCACCUCCUCAUCUUCCUCGGCGGGCUCGGGUACACCGCUCAGCUCGGUAUCGACGCCCACUUCGGCCACGAUGGCCACCAGCAGCGGCGGUGGCGGAGGAGGAGGAUCAUCGACGACGCCCGCUAGCAAUCCACUGCUCCUGAUGUCAGGAGGUUCGGCUGGAGGCGGAGCGGGUGCGACUACCACCACAUCGACGUCCUCGAGCAGUCGCAUGAUGAGCAGCUCCAGCAGUCUCUCCUCACAGAUGGCUGCCUUGGAGGCUGCGGCGCGAGACAACGACGAUGAGACACCCUCGCCCUCUGGCGAGAACACGAACGGCAGUGGUGGAAGUGGGAAUGCUGGUGGAAUGGCCUCCAAGGGCAAGCUGGACUCGAUUAAGCAGGAUGAUGACAUCAAGAAGGAGUUCAUGGACGACAGCUGUGGUGGGAACAACGAUAGCUCCCAAAUGGAUUGCUCGACGGGCGGCGGCAAGGGCAAGAAUGUUAACAACGACGGCACCAGCAUGAUCAAAAUAGAGAUCAAGACGGAGGAUGGCCUCGAUGGCGAGGUGAAGAUCAAGACGGAGGCCAUGGAUGUGGACGAGGCUGGAGGUUCGACAGCUGGAGAGCAUCAUGCUGAUGGCGGCGGUAGUGGUGUUGGCGGCGGCAAGGACAACAUCAACGGUGCGCACGAUGGAGGAGCGACUGGCAGUGCCGUGGACAUUAAACCCAAGACGGAUACGAAACCACUCGUACCGGAACCACUGGCCCCCAAUGCGGGUGAUAAAAAGAAGAAAUGCCAGUUCAAUCCCGAAGAGCUGCGCACCGCUUUACUGCCAACGCUGGAAAAGCUUUUCCGGCAGGAGCCCGAAUCCGUGCCCUUUCGCUAUCCCGUCGAUCCCCAGGCGCUGGGCAUUCCCGAUUACUUUGAGAUCGUGAAGAAGCCCAUGGACCUGGGCACCAUACGCACCAACAUCCAGAACGGGAAGUACAGUGAUCCCUGGGAGUACGUGGACGAUGUGUGGCUGAUGUUAGAAAAUGCCUGGCUGUAUAACCGCAAGACGUCGCGGGUCUACCGCUAUUGCACAAAGCUUUCCGAAGUUUUUGAGGCGGAGAUUGAUCCGGUGAUGCAGGCCUUAGGCUAUUGUUGCGGCAGGAAGUACUCAUUCAACCCACAGGUGCUCUGCUGUUACGGUAAGCAGCUCUGCACGAUUCCGCGGGAUGCGAAGUACUACAGCUACCAGAACAGUCUAAAGGAAUACGGUGUCGCCUCAAAUAGAUACACCUACUGCCAAAAGUGCUUUAACGACAUCCAGGGCGAUACGGUCACACUGGGCGAUGAUCCACUGCAGUCGCAAACCCAAAUCAAAAAGGACCAGUUCAAGGAGAUGAAGAACGAUCAUCUGGAGCUGGAGCCGUUUGUCGAUUGCCAGGAGUGCGGACGCAAGCAGCACCAGAUCUGUGUGCUCUGGCUGGAUUCGAUUUGGCCCGGCGGCUUCGUGUGCGACAACUGCCUGAAGAAGAAGAACUCGAAGCGGAAGGAGAACAAGUUCAAUGCGAAGCGCCUGCCCACCACCAAACUGGGCGUGUACAUAGAGACGCGGGUGAACAAUUUCCUCAAGAAGAAGGAGGCGGGCGCCGGCGAGGUGCACAUCCGUGUGGUCAGCUCGUCGGACAAGUGCGUGGAGGUGAAGCCCGGGAUGCGGCGUCGUUUCGUCGAACAGGGCGAGAUGAUGAACGAGUUUCCGUACCGCGCCAAAGCACUAUUCGCCUUCGAGGAGGUGGACGGCAUCGAUGUCUGCUUCUUUGGCAUGCACGUCCAGGAGUACGGAUCCGAGUGCCCGGCGCCAAAUACGCGGCGUGUCUACAUUGCCUAUCUGGAUUCCGUUCAUUUCUUCCGGCCAAGACAAUACCGCACGGCGGUAUAUCACGAAAUCCUGCUCGGCUACAUGGACUACGUCAAGCAGCUGGGCUACACAAUGGCCCACAUCUGGGCCUGUCCGCCCUCAGAGGGCGACGACUACAUCUUCCACUGCCAUCCCACGGACCAAAAGAUCCCCAAGCCCAAGCGCCUGCAGGAGUGGUACAAGAAGAUGCUCGACAAGGGCAUGAUCGAGCGCAUCAUACAGGACUACAAGGACAUUCUGAAGCAGGCGAUGGAGGACAAGCUGGGCUCCGCCGCCGAACUGCCCUACUUCGAGGGCGACUUCUGGCCUAAUGUGCUGGAGGAGAGCAUCAAGGAGCUGGACCAGGAGGAGGAGGAGAAGCGCAAGCAGGCCGAGGCCGCCGAAGCCGCAGCUGCAGCUAAUCUUUUCUCCAUCGAGGAGAACGAGGUCAGCGGCGAUGGCAAGAAGAAGGGCCAGAAGAAGGCCAAGAAGUCGAACAAAUCGAAGGCGGCGCAACGUAAAAACAGCAAAAAGUCCAAUGAACACCAGUCGGGCAAUGAUCUCUCCGCCAAGAUAUAUGCGACGAUGGAGAAGCACAAGGAGGUCUUCUUCGUCAUCCGUCUGCAUUCGGCGCAGUCGGCAGCGAGCUUAGCGCCCAUCCAGGAUCCCGAUCCGCUGCUAACCUGCGAUCUAAUGGACGGACGCGAUGCCUUCCUCACUCUCGCCCGCGACAAGCACUUCGAGUUUUCGUCCCUGCGACGCGCCCAGUUCUCCACGCUGUCCAUGUUGUAUGAGCUGCAUAACCAGGGCCAGGAUAAGUUCGUUUACACCUGCAACAACUGCAAGACGGCGGUGGAGACGCGCUACCACUGCACCGUCUGUGAUGACUUUGAUUUGUGCAUCGUGUGCAAGGAAAAGGUCGGACAUCCGCACAAGAUGGAGAAGCUUGGCUUUGACAUCGACGAUGGCUCCGCGCCGACGGACCACAAGCAGGCCAAUCCGCAGGAGGCCCGCAAACAGUCCAUCCAGCGCUGCAUCCAGUCGCUGGUGCACGCCUGCCAAUGUCGCGAUGCCAACUGCCGCCUGCCCUCGUGCCAGAAGAUGAAGCGCGUCGUCCAGCACACGAAGAACUGCAAGCGCAAGACCAACGGAGGAUGCCCCAUCUGCAAGCAGUUGAUCGCGCUCUGUUGCUACCACGCCAAGCACUGUCAGGAGCUGAAGUGCCCCGUGCCCUUCUGUCCCAACAUCAAGCACAAGCUCAAGCAGCAGCAGCUCCAGCAAAAACUCCAACAGCAGCAGUUGCUGCGCCGCCGUGUGGCGCUCAUGUCCCGGACAGCAGCUCCGGCUGCUUUGCCAGGCCCUGCAGCAGUCAGCGGUCCGGCCGUGGUCGCUGGCGGAGUGCCCGUGGUGGGAAUGUCCGGCGUGGCGGUUAGCCAGCAGGUGAUGCCCGGUCAGGCGGGAAUUAUGCCACCAGGAGCGGGUGGUAUGUCGCCAUCCACUGUGGCGGUGCCAUCGCCCGUUUCGGGAGCAACAGGAGCCGGCGGCAUGGGCGGAAUGACCUCACCGCAUCCGCAUCAACCAGGCAUAGGCAUGAAGCCAGGUGGCGGUCAUUCGCCGUCGCCCAGUGUCCUGCAGGUGGUGAAGCAGGUCCAGGAAGAGGCAGCUCGCCAGCAGGUGUCACAUGGCGGUAGCUUCGGCAAAGGUGGACCCAUGGCGCCGCCCCCGAUGAACCGGCAGAUGGGAGGCGCAGGGCCCAAUCCGAAUGUUGUCAAUCAGCUGGGAGGCAUGGGCGUCGGAGUCGGAGGUGUCGGUGGCGGCGUUGGUGUCGGAGGCGUUGGUGGCGUGGGCGUAGGCUCGCUGGGUUCGGGCGGUGGUGGCAACCCCGCUGGUGGCCCAGUUCCCGGCUCUGGAAACUGCUCACUGAAUGUGCUAAACGCCAACCACCUGCUGCCCAUGGAUCAGUGGGGCGGUGGCGGAGCCGGCGGCGGAGGAGCCAAUCCUGGCGGAGGUAAUCCCCGCUAUACCAACAAUGCCACCGGGAUGCGCCAGCCCAGCCAGCUGAUGCAGCCGAAUCUGAUCCAGCAGCAGCAGCAACAGCAGCAGCAGAUGAUGGGACUCGGUGGACCCAACCAACUGGGCGGAGGCCAAAUGCCCGUCGGCGGACAGCACGGCGGCAUGGGAAUGGGCAUGGGAGCACCGCCAAUGGCCGGCACUGUUGGCGGAGUGCGUCCACCUCCCGGAGCAGGAGGUCAAGGUGGUGGUGCAACUGGCGGCGGACUGAAUACCCAGCAACUCGCCCAGAUCAUGCAGAAGAUCAAGAACAAUCCCACCAACGAGAGCAACCAGCACAUCCUCACCAUCCUGAAGCAGAAUCCCCAAAUAAUGGCGGCGAUCAUCAAGCAGCGCCAGCAGAGUCAUCAGUCGCAGAUUAAUGCGGCGGCGGGUGGAGGAGCACCUGGUCCCGGUGGCGGAGCUUUGCAGCAGCAGCAGGCGGGCAAUGGUCCGCAAAAUCCGCAGCAACAGCAGCAGCAACAACAACAACAACAACAACAGCAGCAGCAGCAGCAACAGGUGAUGCAGCAGCAGCAGAUGCAGCACAUGAUGAACCAGCAACAGCAGCAGGGCGGCGGUGGGCCGCAGCAGAUGAAUCCGAACCAGCAGCAGCAGGUAAAUCUGAUGCAGCAACAGCAGCAGCAGCAGGGCGGACCCGGAGGACCAGGCACUGGACCCCAUCAGCGUAUGCCCAACAUGCAGAACGCAGCCAUGAUGCUGCAGAGCCUUCCGCCCAACAUGUCGCCCGGCGUCUCCACGCAGGGAGGAAUGGUGUCUAACCAGAACUGGAACAAGAUGCGUUACAUGCAGAUGAACCAGUACCCUCCACCGUAUCCGCAACGCCAGCGUGGUCCGCACAUGGGCGGAGCGGGACCCGGUCCCGGCCAGCAACAAUUCCCUGGCGGCGGAGGCGGACUGGGCAACUUCAAUGCGGGCGGUGCUGGCGGCGCAGGAGGCGUGGUGGGAGUGGGCGGAGUGCCCGGAGGGGCAGGUGCCGUGCCCGGUGGCGAUCAGUACUCGAUGGCCAAUGCAGCGGCUGCCUCGAACAUGCUGCAGCAGCAGCAGGGCCAGGUGGGCGUUGGAGUAGGUGUUGGAGUGGGAGUGGGCGUGAAGCCCGGACCCGGACAACAGCAACAGCAGAUGGGCGUGGGCAUGCCGCCGGGGAUGCAGCAACAGCAGCAGCAGCAACAGCCGCUGCAGCAGCAGCAGAUGAUGCAGGUGGCCAUGCCGAAUGCGAAUGCCCAGAAUCCGUCGGCGGUGGUUGGCGGACCCAAUUCACAAGUGAUGGGUCCCCCAACGCCGCAUUCUCUGCAGCAGCAGCUGAUGCAAUCGGCCCGCUCCUCUCCGCCCAUCCGCUCGCCACAGCCAACGCCAUCGCCCCGUUCGGCGCCAUCGCCACGUGCUGCUCCCUCCGCCUCGCCAAGGGCCCAGCCCUCGCCGCAUCAUGUGAUGAGCAGCCAUUCGCCGGCGCCGCAGGGACCACCGCAUGACGGGAUGCACAAUCAUGGGAUGCAUCAUCAGUCGCCGCUGCCAGGAGUGCCGCAGGAUGUGGGCGUGGGCGUCGGCGUUGGUGUCGGCGUCAACGUCGGCAAUGUGGGCGUGGGCAACGCCGGAGGAGCCCUGCCCGACGCCUCCGACCAGCUGACCAAGUUUGUGGAGAGACUCUAGUGCAGCAACAGCAGCAGCAGCAGCUACAACGGGUGGUAGCCGUGGCCAAAGGCUAGACUGAAAGUCCACUAACGACAAGCCAGACCACAGACCACGAUCAUCAUCAGCCAGCAGGGAUCACCAGUGUGUGUUAAACUUUCACGACUAUGACUAACUACUAUUUCCUUUUUUUUUUUUAACAUUGCACCCCAAAUGUAUAGCGUUAUCAUAAUUAAACCAACAACUAUCACACCUAAUUUGUAAUGUAGUUUAAGACAUCCCCCCACUACCACUGCUAUAAAUCCUUUAUUUUAAGUCUAGGACAAAAUUUGAACAACGCAUCUUGAUUCGAUUUCCAUUUUUAAGUCCGCGAUACAGCAAAUAUAUAUAUCAUAUAUUUCAUAUGCCCUAAUAACACACACACCAUGUAUUAAUGAAUGCAAUUCCUUCGUUCCAACUAGACAGAAAAUAGUAAAGCAUACAAAUCAUAGAAAAGCAGGAUCAGGAUUAAGCGAAGGAUGAGGAGGGUCAGACACCUCGAUGUAACAGCGUUUAAAACGUUGAGCGUAAGCUAAAUACCUUUCCUUAGUGACUUAACUUUUAAGCAGCAGCGAAUGUCGGAAUGUGUUAUAACGUAACAUUAUUUAUUUUGCGACUCCGCCACUAAAAAACAAACGACUCGCAAUCAGUUUAAAGUUUGUAAAGAGAGAAAGAGAUAGAGAGAGCAUGUUGUAAAGUUGAAUUAAGUUUUUUGUACCCUUGUAGUGUUGUAAGCCAGUGGACAGACGACGAUAACGACGACGACGACGACGAAGACGACGCGAAGACACAAUUCACCCGACCAUCCGCAUCCGCACAAGAAAUAUAUAGCCUAUAGUGAACAUGUGCCUGUUGGCGAUCGGCAGUUGAUUAAGUGCUCCUUAUAGGAGCUUCAAAUUGGGAACACGCAUAGAGUAAAUACAUAUUUUUAUACACAAAUCGAACGGAAUAGGAAUCUGAAUCGAAUCGAACUCGAAAUUGGAAUCGGAAUCGGAUUCCUCAUCCUCAUCCUCAUCCUUAGCCCCUAUUCACCCGAUCUGAGCCCAAGUAUCACUUCCAAUGACAAGACAACAAUAAAUUAUCGAGGAUGAGGAGUAGAGUACGAGGACGACUAGAAAAUGCAAUUAUUAGGAGAAUCAGGAAUCAGGACAGUAGCAAACAAAACACCAAACAGAUAAGCACAGGAGUAGGAUGACCGGGGGAGCGAUACGAAAGGAGUAUGAUUAACAAAAGCAACAAAAUAGCAAUAGCCAAAAUGCUUUGAAAACAGAUUUAGGGUACUUGAACUAUUUAAGGAACUAACAUUUACAACAUAUAUGCAUACGUAGGACAACAAAUUAGUGUCGUAACUUCUAACAAAUUGUUCACGAUUGAUUGUUUAUAUUGAUUAAGGAUUUAGUUUAAGGACCACCACCCCAUGUGUGUGUGUGUGUGCGUGCGUACGUGCGAGUGUGUGUGUGCGCGUUCCUAAUUCCUCGAUUUACAUCCAUUUAAUUUUGACAUUUUUGUACAUAACUUAACGUUAUACUUAGUAUUUGAUUUUGUGAUAGCCAAAAAAAAAAAAGGAUAGGGAGCGCCAACCCCAUUUGUCUCAAAAAGCAGGAAGGAUUUUAUACGGGGGACGCAGGAUCGAUUGCUAUUUAUUAACGCUAAAACAAAAAAACAUCUAGGCUAUAGACUUUUAGGCUAAAAUGCGAUUUAGGUUUAUCACUAUUUAUUAGACUUAAUCUGUAGAUUCCAAACUGGGUUCUUUCAUUAAUCGGAUGUAUCAUGUCUAACUUUAAUUUUUUUUUGUGUAUCUUAGGUGGUAUUGUGGGAGGUAUUGUUUUCGUUUUCUAACUGUUUUCUUUCUACCAACUGCCGCCGCCCAAGAAUCAGAUAGAGACGGGAGAAGGCGAGAGAGCGAGACAGUAAACCAGAGUAAAAGGGGAUUUUGUAAAUUUUAGAUACUAGGAUACUUAUUCACUGCGCAUAAAAAUGCCUUCAAUUGCGACAUCAGCAAGUAACUAACAUUAAUGUAAAUACCCAACACACACACAUACGAAUACAAAUACAAGUACACACAAUAUAUAUUUACCGAUUACUGAUAAACGAUUACUGAUUACCGAUUACUGAUAGGUGUAGUAGGUCACACGUACGCGACAGUUUGUAAAAUCCAAUGCCCUAGUUUGUAAGCCGCGCAUACAUAUAUCGAAAAAAUCGGUUAUAUCGUUUAUAUUUAGAUCUACAUCGCCACACACACACACAUAUGGCAUAAAUAUAUAUAUUAUAUAUCGGGAUAUAUACUUUUAGUUAGUGUGUUUUUAAACGAAACGCGCAUAGUUUCCUUAGCUAAGCGAAAGACAACAAAAAAAUUGGAAAACCAACAAAAAAAAAAGCUGCGCCUGCCACCGAUAAAACCGAUCAAAAUAAGGACGAGGAGAGUUCAAUGCCCACGCUGCGCUGCACACAAUCAAAAAACAGACACCAAAAAACAAAAACUAAAAAUAAAGCAAGUUAAAGUAAAUAUUAUUAUUAUAAACGAAAACAUACUCAAGUCACUGGGCUCUGCCGCCGAAUGCCUUUGUACUUUUAACGUAUGGAACAAUGAUCGGUAAUUGAUUAUCGACAAUCGUUGAUCGGUAAUAGUUGCGAUAACAAGACGCUGCCUUCAAAACGCAGACGCCGCGUGCUGGUGCAAAAAAAAGUUUUCGGAUUAGCGGGCGCAGAAUUUAAUUAUUAAUAAAACCCACGAUAGUAACCAAAAAAAAGAAAAAAAAGGAAGAUGAGGGAGACAGAGAGAGAAAGAGCUGCUUGCCGUCUUUUUUCUGCGCAUAUUUGUUUUUGUUUUUUUUACCACACAGUCAGCAGCAAUGAACAAAGUUAUGGGUGUGAAAGAGAGCGAGAGAGAACGAGUGGCUGAGUGAAAGUGAGAGUGCGAGUGCGAGUGGCAAAGACACAUCAAUUAUCGUUUUUUAACCGUUUUGUGUAAGAGGAGAGCGGCGGAAAGAGCGAAAGAGAGAGCAUAUUCCAAAACUAUUUGUGAUUACAAUUAUAUAUGAUGAAAAAGAUUAAGAAGAAUUAGAUGAUGGGGGAGGCGGAAGUAAGGCCGGAAGCCAGAAAACCAGAGAACAUAGAAGCAACACAAAACGCAUUAACCGGAUGAUACCUAGAGUCUAAGCCUUAGUCUAAAUCCAGCGCUAUAUACACAUUUAUAUAUAGAUAUGAUCGAUCACACGAGAGCGGUAGAUAUACAUAUAUAUAUAUAAAUAUAUAUAUAUAUUAUAUACAUAGUUAAGCCAACACAUGUAAAUUAUAAAUGAACAUUUAUUCUAAAUGCAAUAGCAGCGGAAAAGAAACAAAACAAAAAAACGAGAAACGUUAACCAGAGUCGAAGCACUUUGCUAAACGCGUUUAUUAUUAUGCAUACAAAAUGUAAUUUCUUAUAACAAAAACCCAGAAAAACCCACAAAAAAAGAACUCGAGAAAAGGGGAAAAACAAAAACACAAAAGGAUGCGAGGGAUAGAUAAGUCAAGUGUAAAGUAAACCAAGCCUUAGUAAAAACUAGUUCUAUAACAACAACCGCAACAACAAAAACAAGAGAGAAAUGAAAAAACAAAAAUGGAAGAAAACGAUUGAUACUAAUAACUAAUAUUAAUAAUGAGUACGAUAAUGUUUAUGCUAAUGAUUACGAUAACGAUAAAUAAUAAUGAUAAAUGAUAAAGAUAAACCGUUAUGACAUAAUACCUACUUGUAAAAUAGUGCGACAGUUAAGCUGAUAAGAUGACUUUGACUUUUCUAUCAGAUUUCAUUAAUUUAAUGACCCCAAAACGCCCCCACAAACACAUACUCCCCCCAACAAACACAAACACGCAUACACAUCCAUUGCAUGAGUGUAUGAAUAAACAUAAAUAUAUAAAUAUUUUUUUUACUAUUA